UAUCUCUACCUACCUCCCAACCUAUUUACCUGUCUCUGUUUAAUUACCACUUAAGUCUACCUGCCUCUACCUACUACACACGAGAUUGUCUGUAAUUAUGAAUGUUCUCGCCUCGCUGCGGCCCGCCAGUAUCCCUCGGUGUUCCCUGGUCCUCCCGGUGCGCCACGCUGAUAACACCGCCGCCCUAUCGCUCCUCACCACCACUCAACACACCGCCACUCUCACCCAACCACCAGCUGCUGCCAUCCUACCUCACGCCACCAUCGCCACCACUUCAACCACUACAUUCUCUCUCUCAAGCACCUCGUACUGCCUUGCUUCAUAACCCAACUUAAACUCCUUUCAUGCUUUCCUCCUAUCUAUUUGAAUGCGUACUUAUGCCAAGAGCACCUUCGUUCACAGUCACUUGUACGGUACUUCACACACACACACACACACACACACACACACACACACACACACACACACACACACACGAAGCAGCUCACAGGCGCAAGCUAACAGGGAGGAGCAGGCCGAGAGGUUAUCGAGAAAGGUAAAAAAAAAUGGGGGUUUGGCGCCGGUGGGGUGUGACGCACCUCCCUCCAUCCCUACUCACCACCAGUAUCUCCCCAGCGGCCGCGGAGGGAAGAUUGGCGCGCGCUGCCCCUAGACUUGUUUAUUUUAGUGUUUCGUUUCGUUGACGAGGUGGGCAGGAAAGCAACAGCCACAUGCGACAGGAGCCUCAUGCAGCACGCGGAAGAGUGACAGAGUGACGGCCACACAUACACUAGGAAUUGUAACUCGGAAAAUGCCUGAAGCUGUGAUGAGAGGCGGUGCUGUGGCGGUGACCGUGGUGGCGGUGGUGGCGACGGCGGCAGCGACGACGGCAGUGUGACCAUGGGAAAGCUUUGUGUGCCAGCUGGAGCUCUGACUACCCUCUGACCCCCUGCUCUUGGUGCCACCUCCGUCCCCGCCCCGCCCCACCACACCCCGCCCCCGCGCCACGCACACCUCACGGCCUUAAAACACAAGCACUGUAGAAAUUAACUAGAGAUCUUUGCUGAGAGCUUGACGUAUAUUUUUCAAGUCUAAGUCUAUUUUCUGAGCAACUAUCGAGCUUCCGAGUGUGCGCGUGAAUGUUUGUGAAAGAUGUGAGAGCGAGGAGGAGGCGGGGAACCUGCAGGGAGGGGAGUGACCUUCCUGGGUGACAUUUCAACCAUCUCAGGUCGACCCCCAUCCCGUCCCGUCCUCCCGCCGCCGCCGACGCCACCUUCACUACUACUGCCGCUGCUGCUGCCGCCUCUUGCCACCCGACGUAAAGUGGCCCACUAGUAAGGCAGCAACAUGGACUACAUUCGCGAGUUCGACAUCCGCCUGGAGAAGGAGAUGUACUACGCCGGGGAGCUCCUGCAGGGACAGGUCAUCCUCAACACCGUGGAGAACUUCAAACUAAGGGCCAUCCGGGUGGUGCUGAGAGGAAAGGUGCACGCCGAGUGGAAGGUGGUCGUGUCAGGAGACCGGCGGACUGUGAAGGAUGACCAGUACUUCAUCGACGACCGCACUACUAUAUGGGGCAAAGACAAGCCAGAAGGAAACGUGCCCAUCUUACCGCGAGGCCACCACACCUUCCCCUUCAGGUUCCUGCUUCCAGAGAGUUCCUUACCGUGCUCCUUUGAAAGUAAAAGUGGAACCAUUCGCUACUACAUUAAGGUCACGGUGGACAUCCCCUACGCCUCGCCGCCGCAGGGGAUGAAGUACUUUACCAUCAUUGGCCCACAUAUUGACUGCAUGGAUGAACAGUACCUGAAACCAAUGGUCGGGCAGGACAAGCGAGCGUUGUGUUGUCUGUGCUGCAAGCGGGGCCCCGUGUCGCUCAGGACGCAGCUUGAACGUUCCGCCUACGUGUGUGGGGAGAGCAUCAAACUGAAGGCAGAUAUAGACAACCAGAGCGACGAGGAGAUUCGACUCAAGCUGAAACUGGUGCAGUACGUCGAAUACUUCAUCGACCGCGGGGUGCUGGGGGUGACCAAAGACCUCCAACACCCGGUGCUAGAGUACACAGGCGACCCAGUGGCGGCGGGGACCAGGUGGAAGUUCGACUCCUCUCAAAGCCUGGUGGUGCCCGUCAUGCCUCCCACGCUCAUUGACGUCUGCCGCCUCCUGCAGAUCUACUACGUGCUGAAGGUAAACAUAGAAAUGAGCAAAUCAGGGGAGGAUCUGCACAUGCACUUCCCCAUCACCAUCGCCACAGUGCCCUUCCGCAUCCCGAACUCCACCCAGCAGCCCAACAUCACCUACAGUGUGUGCUGUGACCACGUGGAAGGAGGCAUGUACACUGGGCCCGAAUUCCAGCUCGGCCAGGUGUACGACGGAGGCUGUGACAGUAACCCCGAGUCAGUGCUGCUUUACCGGCCCGUGUACGUGUGCAUACCCAACCCCAAGCUGCUCAACACUCCAGCUGCUCGUGCUCGCCUACUGGUGGAUCCUCAACAGCAGCAACAACAGCAGGAUGGCAGUAGUAGUAGCGGAGGGAAGAAAAACACCAAGAAAACAUCCACAGUUCCGCAGGAGUCUGAUAAAACCUCGACUAUGUGAUUUCGGAAGAGAUACGACCGUGGUGGUGAUGGUGGUAGUGUUGCUGGUGGUGCCACUGCUGGGGUGAGGUGUUCCCGUGGUGGUGGACAGCGCUAGAGUGUGCUGAGUGGCUGAGUGACAGUGUGGGAGGUGAAAGGAGGGGAAUGUGACGCAGUGGUGAUGUGAGUGUUAGUGGUGGUGACUGUCUAGAGCUCGUAUUCCCAAACCCUUCUGUGCUUCACCUCCACUAUUUUAAAAAGGCCUUUUUCAAAUCUACAUGAGUUUUUAAAGGUGUUUUUUAUGGUUUUAGAGGCAGAGUGAUAAGAUUUCUACAUUAUUAACUGGAGAAAUACUCUUCAAAACCCCACUAAUCAUCUCUGUGGCCUUGAAGAUAUAGUCGUGGUGAGAGAUCAAAGCGUUUCUGAAUACUGACCUAGGUAUCACAUGAGGAGCAACUUAGGAAUACCGUGGUAAGUUGAGCAGGGAGAGUGACAUGGAAGAUUGUGAAGUCUGGCCCUGCGCGAUGAGAAGGUGACGGUGUGAGGAACAGUGGUGGUGUAUGGUGAUCUGUUGGCAAUGAGAGGAAAUGACUCGCUCACUAGCCAGCUACGUAAACAGCAUCAAACUAUACGCAAGGUUUUUUUGUUUAAUCACACACACACACACACACACACACACACACACACACACACACACACACACAGUCUAGCGUAAAAGAAAAUCAAGAAAAUUCAAAUAAAGUGAAGGCGGGAAGUUUCUGUGAUUACCAAGAAGGCGACCGACAGAGACACAGAAAGGGAAGCACGAUAAUGUUAGCCAAUGACAAGCUGAGUUCCAGAGCAUCAGCCAAUCCCAGGACCCCUUACUGAAGCUGCGGCCUACUACAGGAUACUAGGACAGAUUUUUACCUUGAGAUUUGUGUACGACUAGACCGUUUUAUUGACAUUAAGAAGGGUCUAUGGAGGUCAGAAGAUUGAUGGCCAGAGUCUUCACUAUUUUAAUCCCCACGUGAAUGUCUGAAGCUGUAUAAAAUCACCAAAUAGUAAGCAGAAUGAAUAUGGAAACGCGUCACGGUACUGAAGGGGUUAACCACAAAAUAAACAUACAUACGCUCACAUAUAUACAUGCAGGCAUACACGCGUACAUAUAUGUGUAAAACGUAAAUCCAGGAAUAGAUUUUAUAACUAGUAGAAUUAUUAUAUUGUAGAUUAAAGCACAAAAUAGUUUCAUAAGUAAUGUUUAUAUACAUAUAUACAUACUAUAUCUACAGAAUAUUGUAACUAAGAACAGAGUUAUUUAGACAAUUUUUACCUAGUGUGUGUGUGUGUGUGUGUGUGUGUGUGUGUGUGUGUGUGUGUGUGUGUGUGAGCGCUGAAUAUGUUACUACAGAAGCAUUAUCAAAUGUUACAAUGUUACUUAAAUAUGUCAUUAUAAAUAGUUUAUCUACCUUCUUGAAUGUGAUCUAUAUACAUGUUGAGUGUUGCGUCUCUGACUUGACUAUAUGUUCUCUCUCUCUCUCUCUCUCUCUCUCUCUCUCUCUCUCUCUCUCUCUCUCUGUGUGUGUGUGUGUGUGUGUGUGUGUGUGUGUGUGUGUGUGUGUGUCGGUGAUAAGAAGUGCUGCUCUUUACCCAGUAUUGUUUGCAGUCUCGAGUAUCUACAGAUGUACGAGUCACUGAAGUCAAGUUGAACGGCGUCUCUCACAACACUUCACAGUCUUCGAACACAACACCGCACCUGCUGCUCUUCACACUCAAGCUUCACACAACUUGCAGGAGUUGGAGAAGUUGCUGUUGUGCUGAUGUAACAAAGGGAAGGCGAAUAUUUUGUUUUAAAAGGUCUCAAAAUCAAAAGAACGACUCUUAAGAAAGUGUGCAAGGAAGGAUACUUGAGUGGUCCAUACACAAAAGCGGUUAGAUGACAGAUAGUUCCUUCGUGUUGUGUGAAUCGUAGAUCGUGUGUCUGUAUCUAAGAACAUUGCAAAGGUUGAUCGUCUUGCCGGGAUGAGAUACGAGGCGUGAUUCGGCCUUGAGUCAUCUCACUGAAAACAUGAAGGGUGACUGGCUUUAAGUCCUUCUUAUACUAUGUCACUGUUCUCUUCUUCUUCUUCUUCUUCUUCUUCUUCUUCUUCUUCUUCUUCUUCUUCUUCUUCCUUCUUUCUUUCUUCCCUUCUUUCUUUCUUUCUUUCUUCAAAAAGGAAUAUCAUUAUCGACAAGUAUUAGUUUUGUGGUUCGUUGCAACAAAUGUAUUUUGUAAUGCUGACGAUAUGGAGAUACAAUUUAAUCCAGCUUCAGAUCAGACACUCCUCCCCAAGUGAUGCCACAGAAAGGUCUUGACAGGUACAGUCUGGCAGGAAAUAUCUUUAGCCCUGUAGUCAGUGGAGGUGUGAAGUAGCGUGGAGUUCACGUGACUGCCUCGUUAGGGUACUCCAAUGACAGCAUGCACAUGGCUAAGGUUUUCCAUUUAGUACGUCACGAACUUUCAGAAGACAUGAGGCGCCGUGGUUCCAGUGGAUCACAACAAAUUUUAUCGCAUAUCGAUUCCAAAGUUGUCUGGUAAUAAAAUCCCCAUAAAAUCAUAGAUUCUAUCUUGAUCUUUCCGACUCUUAAAUUCAUCAACGCAUUUGUAUGACUUACUGCACUUGUAUGGCGGGAUGCGGUGAUCUUGAAAGAGCGACAUUUUAUUCAGCUAAUUUGAUGAACAAGUCAGACCAACAGGUUAGUUUCAAGAUUGUGGAAGUGAAGCGUGGCAGGCGUGUGCAGUAUGCUUGAUUAGAGUAAAACAUCAAAAAUCGUGUAAAGAAUAUGGUUGGUAUUAAGUAAUGUAAUACAACUACGACCAGCAGUACGAGUGGUGUCACAUCCAGGUCUGGUCUGAGGUGCUUUGCUGAGGCAGCCUCAUCAAUCCGCACACGGGACGCUCAUCAUUCUGUAUCGGGUUUGCAAACUGUUUAUUAUUCUUAACAUUUAGUGACAUCAUAAGGGAGUGGAUGGUGCAAAAUGAUGAAAAAAAAAAGUCAUUAUUGAAGAAUCGCACACCAGCUCAGUUGUGAAGUUGACAUACAUUGACAUUUGAUAUCAGACACAACCUACUCCACAUUUCUCUCUCUCUCUCUCUCUCUCUCUGCACAGCUUGUUCUCUCUCCUUCCCCUCUGUGAGCGCGCCACGGGACACGCGUUGGAGGCGCAGCGCCGGGCUUCGCAACACUGCGUUUCGCCGAGUCUUGCAGUGCUGCACCUGGGCACUGUAGCGUCGCAGUGCUGCACCUCGACACUGUAGCAUCACAGUGCUGCACCUCAGCACUGUAGCGUCGCAGUGCUGCACCUCGGCACUGCAGCGUCGCUGUUCCUGCCAAAACUCGCGACUUAGCGAUUGAAUUUUUGCAGUUCUUCUACGUUUACUCCUGUCUUUUUUUCUGAUCUAAUUAUCUAUUUAGUUAUUUAUCAUUCCUUUGCCUGUAAGCUUCUUAAUAUAUGUAUAGUUAGUUAUUCACCUAUCAGGACUUUAUUCAUCUUGAACCUGUUUUUCAACCAUUGCAUUCCUUUAAGUUUACACACCGAAGAUGAAAAUAUAAGUACAGCCUUUAUCGAGAAAAAAGCAAAUAUAUAUAUAUAUAUAUAUAUAUA